UUGUGUUUUGUUUUAGUUUCACGUUUGAAUUUUCUUUAAAGUUUUUAUUUUAAAAUAAUUAGUUUUGAUGCAAUAGACUACGUUAACCGGGUCUAAACAGUAGUGCAACCUUAAGAACUGUGUUAUUAAGUUGUAUAUAUCCUUGAUUAAUUAAAAAUGCCACGGACAAAAAGGCCAGUAAGGAAACAGGAAAAAACCGCUGAAGACGACGAUGCCUUGAAAAAACUGAACAAAUUGGUCACAGACCAGAAGAAUAAGAUAGAUUCCCGCGCUCACAUGGAGCUGCGGAAUGUGGAGCUUGCCUUUAAGAUACUUCUUGGAUCUAUCAGCAAUGUAUACCUGCAGAAAACUGUUGGACAGCUGAAAUCAGAAUUACACCUAAAAGAAGUUCCAACAAACACAAGGAGGACUCGUCAUUCUAGCCGCUCUGCUUCACAUGACGAUGGGUAUCUGACGGAGAACUCUUCGCAGAGCUCCGGCGGCCGCAGCAAGAGGCAAAUACCGGUCCCCACAACAGUAGGUAGAUCAACGACAGGUCGGUCGACGGCGACCGCGCGCCGCUCCCGCUCGGCCGACGCGUCGUGCCGCAAGCUGCCGCCGCCCACCGCCAACAAGACUGUACAGCGACGUCGCUCGCGGUCCGUCUACCGCACGCCCGCUUAUAAUAAGAAUGCUGCCGUCAACUAUCCUGCUAUUACGCCAAAGGUGACCCCUCAAACUCCUCUAACAGUGCUGCGUCAGCCGCGACAGGGAGAGAUGGUGGUGUCCAUGUCCGGCUCGCCCGUCAUGGUGCCCACUUGUUACACAAUGAAACCCGACGAGAUGGCGAACUGCAACAUCCUCCUACAGGACGGCACGAUGCUCUCCCUCCAGCCUAAACAGUUGCGCCAGUCGCAAGCAUACAUUCCAUUCUCUCUAAUGGACUCCAAUGUACUCAACCAACUGAAAACACUCAAAGAUAACCUUGACAAAGUGGUCAAACUUGGAGAAAAGGCUAUUAAAUAAGGUUACCCAACCAUUGGGAAAAUUCUCAGUACCUAGGAAUAUUAUUGCCCGAUGCCCAGGCGUUGGGAAAAUUCCCAUUGUUACCUACAGUACACGGCGAUGAUUAUUGCACAUUGACUUUUAGAGCAGACAAUUUUGUCUGAUAUUAGAUACGAACAAAUAUUUAUAUGAAACUUUAUUUUUCAAUCCUUUAUGAUUCGACGAAAGUGAUCGACUAGUUUCAGCCAUUGAUAUAAAAUAUGAUUCUACAUGAUUAUCUAUGGGUAGAAUUUAAGAUAUAUCUCGAUGGUAAAUUAAAUAUAUACUGUUGUUUCUUUUUUACCUACGUCUCUUUGCCUGAAUAGAAAGAGACAACACAUCAUUGUUAUUUUGGAAAUAAUUUUGUGACGUCAUCAAAAUACCUACUGGUUCCGAAUUCAUUAAUUACACGGCACUGUUAUCAGUGCAUGUCAGUGGUAGAUCAGCCCUCGAAAGCGAUGGUUUCCGAUAUCCCUUUUCGAAUAUUUAGUAGAAUUCGUGUUGAUCUUGUAUGAGAUAAAAGAAUAGAGGGAAAGUUAAUGAGGAGAACGAUGCCCCAGUGUAGUGUUAUUGGAUGUAUCACCAAAACUAUAACUAUACCGCCAGGUGUAACAUUACGUCGAUAAGUAUUGUUAUAUCUCAUUAAAAUUGGUUUUUUAAACUCUUAAAAGUGCGUUUGCUGCAAAUAGACUCAAUACAAUUUAUUUUAUGAAUACUUUGAUAGUUUGAAACAUUUUUAUGGUUCAACACCCAAAAAUUACCUAACCUUAAAUAAAUGUUGACCUGUUGAUGAAAAGUGUGUAUCGUGAAUGUAAAAAGUUAAUAAUAUUUUUUGAACUAAUAGACGUUUUACGAUACAAAUAAUUAUAGUAGUAAAAAUAUCGAUACUUUUCUACUGUGUCAAAAGUCACAUUCCUAGUGCAAAGCUCUGGGAAGUGUAGGUAGGCACGUUUUUAGUAAGUACGCCUUUCUUGAUGUCAAUACAAUGUUCAAUGCUUUCAGCCGUUUGCUAUCGUGGUAUAUGCUACUUGGGCUGAUUGCCUCUUUCCAAAGGUUGUUGUGCAAUAUUUAUGGCCAGGUAUACUUGGUUUUUAUUCCUAGG